AUGACGCAUCUCCUCCCACGUUCUCUCUUCUUCACCACACCCACCAUUGCCCCCGCCACAUUUUUCCAAGCUCCGAUCCGACUUCAGAACUUCGGAUGCUUCACGAUCCGAUGUACUGGCCAGUUUCAUCUCCAAGUCCGCAAACCCGAAUGCAACUUCCAGAAACGCGUAGUCAGCGGUGAUCUCAACUUCGACUCUCUCCUUUCGGCUAUGGAGCUAUCCUGCCUGGUUUCAUCGGCUAUUUUUUCUUUUAUUAUGGCAUCAAAUGGAUCGAAGAACUGGUUGAUGAUGGUGAGUGGUAAUAGAGUUAAUGCUGUGUGGGGGGUUUUGAUAUUGGCAGGUGGUGUUGCGGCUGGGGUAUUGCUUCGGAGGCGGCAAUGGAAGAGCAUCGUUAGAGAGAAUAUGAAAGGUGGAUUGAUGGAGAAGAUUGAGAAAGUGGAGGAAGAUUUGAGGAAGACAGUGAGAGUCAUUAGGAUUUUGUCGAUGCAUAUUGAGAAACUGGGGAAAAGGUUUCGGGUCACUAAGGAACCCAUCACUCAGUCUGCAGCUAUAGCCCAGAAGAAUUCUGAGGCCACAAGAGGUAUAGCGGUGCAAUAUGAAAUUUUGGAGAAGGAGAUUCAUGAAAUUCAAAAGGUUUUACUAGCAAUCCAGGAACAACAACAAAAACAAUUUGAUCUGAUUCUCUCGCUAAAGCCGUGGGAAAGAAAACGCAAUACUCCCAAAGAGCAAGAUAUAUUACAAUCUACUACUAACUUAGCUGAGGAUGAGGUAAUAAAGCAUGUGGAAGACCGCCAAAUCUGA